GGCUUACAUGCUUAAAGUCAGCUUAAUAUUUCUCAGUUUUAAUUAAAGAAAAUAUUCACAUCAUGUGUACAGGAAAGUGCUCCAAGUUUAUUGGCAUCAGCCUUUAUCCGCUGGCACUGCUGUCCAUCGUCUGCAACAUUUUUCUGUUCUUCCCUGAUCUUCAAACCAUUUAUUCCCAGCAGGAAGCAGAGGGACUCUACCGUCUUGCAGAUGAGAUCAAAUACAUGGGAGGCAUUGUUGGAGGAGGCAUCUUGGUGUUGAUCCCUGCGAUCCACAUUCAUAGCACUGGGAGACAAGGCUGUUGUGCAAACCGCUGUGGGAUGUUCCUGUCCGUUAUCUUCGCUGCAGCUGGUGUGGCUGGUGCCCUGUACAGUGGCAUUAUAGCUGUGGUUGGAUUGAUUCGUGGACCAGUUUGCAGUGUUGAAGAUGGUACAUGGAGCAGACCAUUCCUAAACAGCACUACAAGCUAUUUGGGAGACUCUGACCUUUGGAACAUUUGCAAAGAACCAGAAAAUAUUGUGGAGUUUCACAUUGGCCUGUUUUCUGCUCUGCUGGUGGCUGCUUGUUUAGAACUGCUGCUCUGUGGAAUCCAGGUGCUCAACGGCCUCUUUGGCUGCAUCUGUGGUUCAUGCAGCCACAAAGAGGUGGCAUAAGUUCAAAAUGACAACAGACUGGAUCAACACAGGAUCAAGAUUUAUUACCAGACACAUAUCAGUCUUCAUUACCAAUCUGUGACCUUUUGAAAACGUGGGAGUGUACAGUGAUAAACAAUAAAGUACCGUACUUCACACAUACUUCACUGACUAAUACCAUGUGUUGUCUAUUAAACCAUUGUUUACAGAUUGAAUAACAGAUUGAGAAAAUGUGGCAGGACAACAUUACUGGUAAUUUCCUAAAUAACUAAAUGUGUCCCUGGACCACAUAACCUUAAGUCGCUGGGGUAUAUUUUUCGCAAUAGCAAAAACAUUGUAUGCGUCAAAAUUAUCGAUUUUUCUUUUAUGC